CGACCCUGGCACCCCUGUUUUCUAGUGGCCUGCCAGGGGUCGAAACAUUUCCAUAGGGAAUUUCUACCGAACACCUUGAUGACAGCCAGCUUUAGAUAAUCUUUACAGCAUCCACCACAAGCCAGAAACCGACAACUACCUCUCAUUCAGUGCUGUCGCUGACUAGGGAACAUGAUUGGAAUGUACCCGGCCCUUUUCUAAGCAGACAUGGAGACGACGAACAAGACACCUAUCAUCCCGUAUUCACGAUACUCGACGCGGCUUUCCUCGACUUCCUAGGCUGCGCUACGCCAAAGAUGCAACGUCGUCAAUACUCCCUCUCCCUCUCCCUGUCGACCGGUCUGCUCAUUGUAGCGAACUCACUAAUACCCGUCGCGAUCCUUCUUUUUGCCACCGGUUUUUUCCCGUACAAACCGUUUCUGCCAGGACUCGCCCAAUAUGAAGCCUUGGGCUACGGGGCGCCUCCACCGGCGCCAUUUGAUCGCCUCGUCUUUAUGGUUGUGGACGCCCUGAGAAGCGACUUUGUUUACGCCAAUGGCUCUGGUUUUGGAUUCACGCAGAGUCUGAUCGCAGAUGGGGCCGCAAUGCCGUUCACGGCGCAUGCGACGUCCCCGACGAUCACUAUGCCGCGCAUCAAGGCCAUCACAACCGGCUCUAUACCGUCCUUCCUGGAUGUCAUUUUGAACUUCGAUGAGGCUGAUACGAGCUCGAGUCUCGCGUCACAAGAUACAUGGCUUGCACAGAUGAAGGCGAAGGAGGCGGGAAAGCUGGUCAUGUAUGGCGACGACACGUGGUUGAAGCUCUUCCCCGACACAUUUGAUCGCGCUGACGGUACCUCGAGCUUCUUCGUCUCGGAUUUCACCGAGGUCGACAGGAACGUGACGAGGCAUAUCGCUGACGAGUUGCGCCAAGACGAUUGGAGUACCAUGGUGCUGCACUACCUGGGCCUGGACCACAUCGGACACAAGGCUGGGCCACGAAGUCCCAAUAUGAUACCGAAACAGCGCGAGAUGGAUGGUAUUGUCCAGCAGAUAUACAAAGCAAUCGAGAUUGAGUCCCAUCUACAGUCGACCCUCUUGGUUCUUCUCGGAGACCAUGGCAUGAAUGAUGCGGGUAACCACGGAGCUUCAUCUCCAGGCGAGACCUCGCCCGCUCUGGUGUUCAUGUCACCGAAACUUAAAACUAUCUCGAAGCCAGCUACAGUGCCAGCCCCGUACGUAGAUGAGUUUCAGUAUUACUCUUUUGUGGAGCAGUCUGAUCUAGCCCCCACGCUGGGCGCCUUGCUUGGGUUUCCGGUGCCAAAAAACAACCUUGGGGCCUUCAUUAUGGACUUUUUGCCAUUCUGGCCUGAAAAGCGUGACCAGGUCAAUAUCCUCAUGCACAAUACAAGGCAGAUUCUUGAAAUUGUCGCAGCAGCCUCUGGCAAUUCGUUGUUGGCCAAUACUUACAGCGGUAUCAAGGACUGCCACCAAGUGUCAAACGCGGCAGAAGAGCUGGCUUGCAGGUGGCAUUCUAUCAAUGGUCAGGCUGGAAACGACCCCGAUGGCACAUGGAGUGUCCAAGUAACCCAAUGGCUACAAGAGGCGCAAAGUCUCAUGAGCAGCAUGGCGAGCAACUACGACAUGAAUAGGCUACUGUCCGGCGCUGUGACUGCUGCGUUGGCUCUUCUCCUAUCGCUCGUUGCGACUCUCGUCUCUGCACAGACUGCCACACGUACCGCAUUACCUCUGGCGGGCAUCACCCUGCUAUAUGGUAUAAUGAUGUUUGCGAGCAGUUACGUUGAAGAAGAACAUCAUUUCUGGUAUUGGUCUACGUCAGCCUGGGUCGUCUAUCUAGCGUUCAAGGGGAUGAGUAAGACCAGUGCCAGAACCAUCGGCGGAGUUCUGCUCGUUCUCACGGUCGUGCGACUCAUCAGGGGCUGGAACCAGACGGGACAAAAGUUCGCCGGUGAGCCUGACAUUGUCAAGUUGUUCUUGGCAUCGAAUCCACAACUUCUCUGGUGCCUCAUCAUUGGGACUUACUGGAUGGUUGCUGUUCAACUAUUGCGUGGGUUUGGGUACUUGCCGAGUGCGGUGUCCUUCCCGCUCUCCAUUGGGCUCGUAGCCUCUGCAGUGUCUUUCAAGCUUGCUUUCACGAAUGAAGACGCACCGGAACUGGUCAUUGGCUUCGCCAGAUCGGUUCUAGACAUUCUCGACGGCCCUUCGCUGGUCACUCGAGCACGGGCAGUGUUCUUCGGCUUAGUACUUGCUGCUGUCUGUCCAGUUUACGUACUGGCAACCCAUCGAAGUAGGAAUUUGAGGCUGAAAGCUAUACGAACGUUGCAUCACCUAUGUACGCUCCUCGCUCUCACUCAGUCCCGAGCGACCAAUAUCCCACUGUUUCUUCUUCUCCAGGUGCUGCACAUGUUUCUUGAGCACUUAAAUUUGGACACCGUUGAGAUAACAACAUCAUCCCUACUCCUACAGCUGGCUUCCUUCUUCGCCAUGGGGGGCUCAAAUGCAAUAUCGUCGAUAGACUUGUCGAGUGCUUACAACGGAGUCAGCGACUACAACGUCGUUGCAGUCGGGGUUCUGACAUUCAUCAGUAAUUGGGCGGGACCAGUGUGGUGGACAUCGGCAACUAGCUUGCUUCUGCUGCAGAACCAGGCCCGCAAUGGUGGCAACGUUUACAAACAGCACGUUGGUUUGCUGACGGUGUUUACCACCGCGAGUCUGGCUUUCGUCAUGGCCGCUUGCACGGCUCUACGGACGCAUCUAUUCAUAUGGACUGUGUUUUCACCGAAAUAUCUUUACAGCAUGGCUUGGAGUCUGGGGCAACAUAUUGCCAUCAAUAUUGGAUUUGGAGGACUAUUGUACGGGCUGGGGCGGGGAAGGUAGCUGAGUAAGGUAUUACUGCGGCACAUAUAUACGUAUAAAUCAU